CCAAAUAAACUCCAACGUGACUUUCAUUUCUCAGGCAUCUCUUUGCUCAUCUUCUUUGUGUUCAUGUCACUCUCUCUCUGUGCUAGAUUCUCCCACUCCAUCGUCCCCCUGGUCGCCAAUGGCAGUCGUGCUCGGCGUCCUCUCAUUGUGCCUGCUUUUACUGAUAGCAGCGAGAAUCUUUGGUGCCAAGCUCAUUUUAUUGAGCAGACAACAGGAAAAUUUAAUCCAACAGCUGGAAAACCUUACCCAGCAGUUGAACAUUUGCCAAGCCCAGAAUGCAAACGCCUCAGAGACUCUGCAGCGUCUGACACAGGAGAGAGGACAUAAAAGCAACCCUUGUCCAGAGAGGUGGAUACAUCAGGGACAAGCCUCUUACAUCUUUGCCAAGAGACGUUUUCAUCGGAAAAGAGGUAACUCCUUUUGCUCCUCUCAAGAGUCCAGGUUUCUUAAGAUUGAUGGCAAGGAAGAGCUGGAUUUCAUAAAAAAAGCAUCCUAUUAAUAUGUUGAAGAUCGCCAAGGCCUUCCCUAUUAUUUCCCUUACUGGAUUGGAUUAUCGUACGAGCCCAGCACGAAGAAGUGGGUCUGGAUGGAUGGCGCGGCUCUGUCCUCUGGCCUGUUUCACAUCCCGGGAGGCUCCAGUGACAAUUUUCAGAGUGGAGCUUGUGCCUAUUUCCAAGGAGGGAAUGCGAAAGCCGGGAACUGCGGAGAAAAUCGAUUCUGUAUUUGUGAGAAGACAAGGGUGGCAACAGAUCAACUAGGCUGAGCCCUCAAACAAAUCACCCAGCAGGGAGUGAAGGACUAGACUCAGCAGCUGACAGGGGAACGUGGAGCUGCAGAGAGACAAUAGGUCUGAGCUCAUCACACUCUCCUCUAAUUUGUAAACAUGCUUACAGAGGUACAAAUGAAUUUGUACCACAAAGAGAGGUAGAUUCAGCCUUUCAGAGUGCAAUACAGCAAUUUUAGCCAAUAGACACACACCUUAGGAAUGUUCACCUGCCAAUCACAUUGCUCCCACUGGCCCGAAUUACCAGUGUCCAUUAAGAACUAUUUUCACAGUUCAACUUCUCAGUAACCAGUUUUUCAGUUUGUUGGCCCAACCCAAAAAGUAAAAAUAAGUCAGGAGGCCAAGAAAACCACUUCAUUCAUUUUUUUAAAACCUUUUCAAACAAAUAAAACUGGAGGCAAAAUUUGAAAUGAAGUCAUUUGUAUCAAACAAAAAAUUUCAGAUUUUUUUCUUUCCCACUGGAACAAUUUGGCAAAGCGAACACAAGUUCAUAAAAUGUUAGUCAACCUGAGUCUACAUUUUGCAGCUGAAAAAAAAG